AUGGGUCAAAAGACAAGCAAACUAAGAAAAGAUGACAUUUCAGGUCUCAAACAAGAGACAAAAUUUACUACCCGAGAGAUUCAACAGUGGUAUAAAGGUUUCACCAGAGAUGCACCUAGUGGACGACUAACCCGAGAAGAUUUCAUUAAGAUUCAUGAGCAGUUCUAUCCAUUUGGAGAUCCAACAGAGUUUGCCACGAUUUCGUUUGAUGCUUUUGAUGUUAAUCAACUAGGAUAUAUAGAUUUUAAAGAUUUCAUUACAUCAUUAAGUAUAGCCAGUCGUGGAAGCAUGUCAGAAAAGCUGAAAUGGGCCUUCAGAAUGUAUGACAGAGACAGAGACGGAUAUAUAGGCUACGAGGAUCUUUCCACAGUGGUGAAAUCGAUUUAUAAGAUGAUUGGAACACAGUGUGUUCGGUUUAGAAACGAAGAAAUCACGGCUGAGUCGAGAGUUGAUAGGAUAUGGCAAGCGUUCAGUAAGCGAUUGGAAGAGAAAGAGACUCAGAACAUCAGUUUAGCGGAGUUUACUGACUAUAAGAGAUUGGAUCCAGAGGUUCUAAGCUCGUUGAGCGUGUAUAAUGAUUUGGUUUAG